CAAAGUGAAACUACUGGGACUUUGCUUCAGACGUCAUUUCAACCCCGCAGUAAAAGGACAGAAUGACGUCCUCCAGGAAACAUGAAGGAGAUUUCAGUCAAACUGAGAGAAUGACUGAAGUACGGCAGAAGGGUGAUUAUGUGGAGGAAGACGAGGACAGAGCAGAGUCUCCAGGACCCAGCUGUCUGUCUGUGAAGAGUAAUGAGUCUAUGGGACACCCUUUAACCUUCAGUCAUGAACGUGGAGCCUCAGAGACAAAACACAAGUUUGCUGUUUCUGUGGACGAGCAGACGUCCCAGUGUCCUCUGUGUCAGGACGUCCUGAAGGAUCCGGUCUCCACCAGCUGUGGUCACUGGUUCUGCAGACGCUGCAUCUCCUCAUACUGGAACCAGUCUGGUCCACCAGGACAAUCCUGCUGUCCCCAGUGUGUAAAAAGACCCAGGACAGGACGUGGACCACAGUGCAUCAGUGUACAGACAGAUGUUGGUCUGCAGGAGGUUCUAGAUGAACAUAAGAUCAGUCUGAGGAGGAGAUUUGAACAUGUGACUGAAGGAACUAAUGGAAGAGGAAGUAGAACCCUCCUGAACAGGAUCUUCACUGAGCUCUACAUCACAGAGGGACAGAGUGAAGAGGUCAAUACUGAACAUGAGGUGGUGCAGCUGGAGACGACCUCCAAGAAGAAGAUGGUCCAGGACACUCCCAUCAAGUGCUGCGACAUCUUUAAAGCCUUACCUGACCAGCAGGGGAGCAUCAGAGUCGUCCUGACCAACGGCGUUGCUGGUGUUGGAAAAACCUUCUCGGUGCAGAAGUUCACUCUGGACUGGGCCGAGGGUUUGGAAAACCAGGACGUGAAUCUGCUGAUUCUGCUUUCGUUCAGGGAGCUGAACCUGAUCAGAGAUCAGGAGCACAGUCUUCUCACGCUGCUCCAUGUUUUUCAUCCAACAUUACAGAAGGUCAGAGCAGAGAAGCUCGCUGUCUGUAAACCUUUGUUCAUCUUUGACGGCCUGGAUGAAAGCAGACUCUUACUGGACUUCAGCAGCAGGACGCUGGUUUCUGACGUCACACAUAGGUCUUCAGUCAACGUGCUGCUGACCAACCUCAUCCAGGGGAAUCUGCUUCCCUCGGCUCUCAUCUGGAUAACUUCCCGACCUGCGGCGGCCAAUCAGAUUCCUCCCACAUGUGUUGACAGGGUAACAGAAGUACGAGGCUUCACUGACGACCAGAAGGACGAGUACUUCAGGAAGAGAUCCAGAGAUGAAGAGCUGUCCAGCAGAAUCAUCUCACACAUCAAGACAUCCAGGAGCCUCCACAUCAUGUGUCAAAUCCCAGUCUUCUGCUGGAUCAGUGCUACAGUUCUGGAGCACAUGUUGACCACAGAGCAGAGAGGAGAGCUGCCCAAGACCCUGACAGACCUGUACUCACACUUCCUGCUGGUUCAGACAAAGAGGAAGAAGAACAAGUACAAUAAAGGACGUAAGAGGAGUCCACAGGAGCUGACGGAGGCCGACAGUGACGUUCUUCUGAAGCUGGGGAGGUUGGCCUUUGAACAUCUGCAGAAAGGAGACAUUAUGUUCUACCAAGAAGACCUGGAGCAGUGUGGUCUCGAUGUGUUAGAGGCCUUGGUGUACUCAGGAGUUUGUACAGAGAUCUUCAGAAGAGAGAGCGUGAUCUUCCAGAAAACAGUCUACUGCUUUGUUCACCUGAGCGUUCAGGAGUUUCUGGCUGCAGUCUACAUGUUCCAUUGUUUCACCAACAAGAAUACAGAGGUAUUGCAGGACUUCUUCAGACAAGAAAACAGAAAUGGUGACUCAAACAGGUUUAUCAGAAACUUCACACUCGAUGACUUCCUGAAAGAAGCCAUGGAGAAAUCACUUCAAAGUAAAAAUGGUCACCUGGACCUGUUUGUUCGCUUCCUUCAUGGACUCUGUCUGGAGUCCAACCAGAGACUCUUAGGAGGUCUUCUGGGUCAGACUCAGAACGGUACAAAAAUAAUCAAGAUAGUCUCCAAGAACCUGAAGGAGAUGAACAAAACACACUUCAUCUCACCUGACCGAAGCAUCAACAUCUUCCACUGUCUGACAGAGAUGAAUGACCAAUCAGUGCAGCAGGAGAUCCAAGAGUUCCUGAAGUCAGAGGAUAGAGUACAGGGACAGGAACUCUCUGAGAUCCAAUGCUCGGCUCUGGCCUACAUGCUGCAGAUCUCUGAGGAGGUUCUGGAUGAGUUCGUACUGCACAGGUACAAUACAUCAUCAUCCCAGGGAAAACUCAGACUGAUUCCAGCUGUGAGGAACUGCAGGAAGGCUGUGUUGAGGAACUUCAACUUGUCAAGGUUGAACUUUAGUUCUGUGGUCUCGGCUCUGAAGUCCAACUCCCCCCUGAGAGAACUGGACCUGAGAUGGAACGAGCAUCUCCGGGAUUCAGAAGUGAAGCUGCUGUGUUCCGGACUGGAGAGUCCACAUUGUAGACUGGAGACUCUGAACUUGAGUAUCUGCAGUUUGUCAGAGGUCAGCUGUUCUUCUCUGGCCUCAGUUCUGAAGUCCAACCCCUCCCAUCUCAGAGAUCUGGACCUGAGUGAGAACCAGGAUCUGCAGGAUUCAGGAGUGAUGCUGCUGUGUUCUGGACUGGAGAGUCCACAUUGCAGACUGGAGACUCUGAAGUUGUGGAACUGCAGAUUGUCAGAGAUCAGCUGUCCUUCUCUGGCCUCAGUUCUGGAGUCCAACUCCUCCCCCCUGAGAGAACUGGACCUGAGUGGGAAUGAGGAGCUGCGGGAUUCAGGAGUGAAGGUGCUGUGUUCUGGACUGGAGAGUCCACAAUGCAGACUGAAGACUCUGAAGUUGAGGGGCUGCAGAUUGUCAGAGAUCAGCUGUUCUUCUCUGGCCUCAGUUCUGAAGUCCAACUCCUCCCACCUGAGAAACCUGGACCUGAGCUGGAACUAUGGUCUGCAGCAUUCAGGAGUGAAGCUGCUGUGUUCUGGACUGGAGAGUCCACAUUGUAGACUGGAGGCUCUGAUGUUGAGUUUCUGCAGAUUGUCAGAGAUCAGCUGUUCUUCUCUGGCCUCAGUUCUGGAGUCCAACUCCUCCCCCCUGAGAGAACUAGACCUGAGUGGGAACGAGGACCUGCAGGAUUCAGGAGUGAAGCUGCUGUGUUCUGGACUGGAGAGUCCACAUUGUAGACUGGAGACUCUGAAGUUGUGGGGCUGCAGAUUGUCAGACAUCAGCUGUUCUUCUCUGGCCUCAGCUCUGAAGUCCAACUCCUCCCCCCUGAGAGAACUGGACCUGAGAAACAACUUUUGUCGGCAGCAUCCAGGAGUGAAGCCUCUGUCUGAUCUGGUGAAGAGUCCAGACUACCGACUGGAGACUCUGAGGUCGGGGUGGCAGAUGUGAUGAUCUUCACCCUGGGUCCUGCUCUGUGACGCAGCUUCUGAAGGACAACCACAAACGCUGACGGUGUUUUUCUGUCACCUAUGACAUCACUUCCUCCCACUGCUAAAAAGGAGACAAACCCCAAAACACUAAUAAUUAAAGGCAUAUCUCAAAAUGAUGUAUUCUGGUGAAAGUAUUUGAAAAAUUGGUUAAAGGAAUUUUUAGAAUCCAACAACAUUCUAAACUUCCUUCAGUCAGGUUUUAGGAAACAACGCAGCAAGGGGCAGAAUCCUCCUGUGGGUGCAUGUGCUCAUUCCAGCUUAACCUAAAGUUCAUUCCUGGGUUGUACGACCCAUAGAGCAGUAGGGUUACUCCCAUAAUGCCUCUGGGCGUCUGUGUUCUCUACUUGCCCGUCGCAUCCAUGAACAGCCAAAGGCAUGAUGGGAGUAUGGUCACUGGUGCUGAGAAAUAAGAACUGACGUGUUUAGUGUGAUAUUAAAGCAUUUAAUAUCACAUACUUUGAUUUGUGCUAUUUUUACAUUUGUUAUGCAUUUUAAAAAUGUCACUGACAUACUGUAUGAUAAUAAUCAAAGUUGCUGUAAACUGAAAAUACAGUGUGUACUUUGUAGUUAA